GCCAAUCAAAUGAGGGAAUCCGGUUUGCUUUGCGCGUUCUUGCAGAGCGCGUGCGGGCAGGACAGAAGCGGUAGCGACGCACUCGUGUUACCGUCACGGCCAGGUUACCGGGAGAAUCCUACAUUACAACAAAAAUGUCCGAAGAGAAGCAAAAGGAGGGCGUGAAGACCGAAAACGACCACAUCAACUUGAAAGUGGCGGGUCAGGAUGGAUCUGUGGUCCAAUUCAAAAUUAAGAGGCACACCCCCUUGAGUAAACUGAUGAAGGCCUACUGCGAAAGACAGGGUUUAUCCAUAAGGCAAAUUAGGUUCAGGUUUGAUGGUCAGCCAAUCAAUGAAACGGACACACCAUCGCAGCUGGAAAUGGAAGAUGAAGACACUAUCGACGUAUUCCAGCAGCAGACGGGAGGAGCCUGCUAAAGAUGAAGCACAUGUGGACGAAGCUGGUUUAUUUGUGCUCCUCUUCCGCUGCAGUUCAGAGCUGUAAUGGAAAAGGUUUUGGAAAUCUAAUCUAAGUUAACUUUUUAUUUUUUUAUUUUUUGGUUCUAUUUUUAAUCAUCCAGAGACACCUCUUCCAUUUUUGCAAUGUCCCCCCCCCACACACACACACUUUUGAAGUUUGUUUGCCUGUUGUAUUAUGUAUGUUUGUACCUCCCCCAUCUAUUUUUAUAUACAAGGAGGGAAAGGAUAUUUGUGAUUUCUUAGUAUGAUCUCAUUUUCUUUCAUGGCAGUAUACUAAACUUCACGACACUUUUUAUGAACCGUUUCAAAUGAUGACAUUACAGUGUUGUAUUUUUCUGAUACCUCAGGUCUGAUAAAGCUAGAUUGUGGGUUUAAUACAGUUAGCCAUUUUUUAUUUUAAAAGCUUUGAUGCAUAUGUCUUUAAAUGUUUGCUUGCGUGUGAAUUUAAUGAUACAAAUUAAGUGUUCCUCUUGAUUUUUAUCAUCUCCUAGUUUGCCCUCUCUACUAAAACAUGAUAUUAUAAUGUCACUCUCAUUUAGUCUUUCUGGCAUAUCAAGAGUGUUAAACACACUCCUGGUAAUAUUACAUCUCCACAUUGUACUCCUGUCAAAUCAACAUGUGUGAUGGGAAUGGGGAGGUGUUUGGGAGAACAGAAGAUCCUGUGUUGUCCACUUACUACUGUAUAUAAUAAAUCUAGUUUAAUACUGA